AUGGAUGAGAACCAGGAUUACGACAAUGUCGAACAUGUGGACGGUGAACAAUUGAACGACAACGUGGUCGAAGAUGUCAACGAUGUUGCUGAGCCGUCUCAUUUAUCCCGUUUACAACAAUUUACUAAUAUGCUUGAGUUUCAACGACAACAAAUUAUGCAUGCGUACACAGCGUUAGAAUCUAAUACGCCUAUGAGAAAGAUCCCGUAUCGCCAAACGACGUACACCGGAGCGGACUGGAUUAACGAACUCCUAUCGGGGCACGAUCGAAGAUUCUAUGAUGCAAUGGGUAUGAACAAGAAAGUAUUCAAAUUGCUUUGCCAAGAAAUAAAACAGACGGGUUGCCAUGGCGAUGAAAGACAACAAAAGGUCCGCAUUCAAGAAAGUGUUGCGGUGUUCUUGCAUACGAUAAAAGGUCACCAAAGGCAUCGACGUGCUGCCGAGUCAUUUAAUCGAUCCACCGAGACGAUUAGUAACCAUGUCCAUAUCAUGGUCACUGCCCUAUGCAAAUUGGCUCCCAAGUACAUACGUCCACCAGAUUUUAAUCGUGUUGCUGAUUGGAUACGAAAGAAUAGAUAUUUAUAUCCAUACUUUAAGGAUUGCAUCGGCGCCAUCGACGGAACCAUCAUACCAGCUUGGAUACCUGAACAAGAUCAUGGAAAAUACAGAUGUCGCAAAGGUUACUUGUCCCAGAACGUUAUGGUCGCGUGCGACUUUGAAUGCAAGUUUACUUUCAUUUUAGCGGGAUGGGAAGGCAGCGCGAAUGAUGCCGGUAUAUUUGCUGAAACGUUGACUGACCCUACUAAUACUUUCCCCUGGCCACCAGAGGGAAAAUAUUAUGUGGUUGACUCCGGCUAUGCCAAUAUCCCGGGAUUCUUGUCACCUUAUCGUGGCGAUAGGUAUCAUCUGCCGGAGUGGAUUCGGUCAAACCAAACCCCUCAAAAUGCGAGAGAGCUAUUUAACCGACGCCAUGCAACGGUCCGGAAUGUGGUCGAACGUAGCUUUGGUAUACUAAAAGGUAAGUUCCCUAUUAUAAAAGGCCUAAUGCCCAACUACCCGCCUGAGUUCCAGACAGACAUAGUAAUCGCCUGUUGUGUUGCACAUAAUUUCAUCCUUGAACACCAAAAUUUUGCUAACGUACCGCCUGCCAUGCAAGACCCGGACUAUAUACCAGAACCAGAUGAAUACGACUUUACAAGGCCUUUAAGGACAACGUUAGAUACCUCUAAUGUUGGUUUACGUGAACAGACUGGUUUGCGCGAUUCGAUUGCCGAUGCGUUGUGGCAUGAUCACACAAGCAGACAACGCUAG